UGGACGUCUCUCCUGCUGUAGACUUGACGCAUGCGUAACUGUCGUCUAGUCGCUCUGCUCAAAGGCACCGAGGCGGAGAGGGUUUCUCUCCACUCACCUGCAUUCAGGCACGGCGGCUCUCCUGCGCUCAUAGGCCGGGAACAGCUCUGCUGGAUACGUCCGGAGGACCGGCUCCGCACCGGCCGUCCUUCCGCAGAUGGUCUUUGUCUGCAGGCAGGGGAUCUGGAAACCCGGGCCCGCUGCGGGAGCGGGGAGGAGGCCUCGGAGCUCCCCUGUUCUGAUCCAUAAAAGAGCAGCGACAGCCCGGAUGCAUCUCUACUAGCAGGUCGGCUAGCAUCCAUCCAGAGCGGGGCUCGGGAGGCAGCGAGCAGGCCGGAUAAAGGGACCGAUUCGUGCUGCUUCGGGUCGAGGUUUCUACUGGAUUUUAUUUGGGCUUUAUUUUUCUGCGGGUUAUUCUUUAAAUCUGGAAAUCGCGGGACUGGAGGCCGGCUAGCUGCGAGCUAGCUGCCCAGGAUUACCAGGGUAACCAGACAGCUGAGGCUCCGCAGUAAAACAGACCGUCUCCCGGUGAUCUCUGACCCGCUGACAGACCUCACCGGAGGCCGGGGCGCAGCGAUGGCUGCCUUAAUCAGAAUCCGGGGGAUUGUGAGCAGGAACAAAAGGCGGUACCAGGAGGACGGCUUCGACCUGGACCUGACCUACAUUUAUCCAAACAUCAUCGCGAUGGGUUUCCCCGCCGAGCGGCUGGAGGGCGUUUACAGGAACAACAUCGACGACGUGGUUCGGUUUUUAGACUCGAAGCACAAGAAUCACUAUAAGAUCUACAACCUAUGUGCGGAGCGACAUUACGACUCAUCAAAGUUCAACUGCCAAGUCGCUCAGUACCCGUUCGAGGACCACAACCCGCCCCAGCUGGAGCUGAUAAAGCCGUUCUGCGAGGACCUGGACAAGUGGCUGAGCGAGGACGAGCAGCACGUCGCCGCCAUCCACUGCAAGGCGGGAAAGGGCCGCACCGGCGUGAUGAUCUGCGCCUACCUGCUGCACCGGGGCAAGUUCCAGGAAGCUCAGGAGGCCCUCGACUUCUACGGGGAGGUCCGCACCCACGACAAGAAGGGUGUGACCAUCCCGAGCCAGCGGCGCUACGUUGUCUACUACAACUUCCUGCUGAAGAACCAGCUGCAGUACAAACCGGUGGCUCUGCUCUUCCACAAGAUGCUGUUUGAAACCAUCCCCAUGUUCACCGGAGGCACCUGCAGUGAGUCUCGAGCAGUAAGUCUGCUGUCGCUUCGAGCGACUUCAGUUGAAUUAACGGGUGUCCCUGUGCUCCCCGCAGACCCCCAGUUUGUCGUGUACCAGCUGAAGGUGAAGAUCCACACCUCUAACCCCGGCCACACCCGCAGGGAAGACAAACUGAUGCUGUUUGAGUUCCCGCAGCCACUUCCUGUCUGUGGAGACAUCAAGGUGGAGUUCUUCCACAAGCAGAACAAGGUGCUGAAGAAGGAGAAGAUGUUCCAUUUCUGGAUCAACACCUUCUUCAUCCCGGGUCCGGAGGAAGUCCCAGAGAGGAUGGAGAACGGCAGCGCGGGGACACCCAGAGAGCUGUUUGACAGGACGCCGCAGACCCCGAUGACGCCGGGAAGCGAAACCAACGACAGAGACUACCUGGUCCUCACGCUGACCAAGAACGACCUGGACAAGGCCAACAAGGACAAGGCCAACAGGAACUUCUCCCCGAACUUCAAGGUGAAACUGUUCUUCACCAAGACGGUAGAAGAAGGAGCCAACUGUGACGCGAGCAGCACGUCCUCGAUGACGCCAGACGCCAGCGACAACGAACCGGAUCACUACCGCUACUCGGACACGACGGACUCGGACCCUGAGAACGAGGGGUUUGAAGACGAAGACCACAAUCAGAUCACAAAAGUCUGACACACACGCACUCUCUCUAAUACGCAAACAUACAGUUAUAUACGUGUAUAUAUAUCUCCAGUAUGUAUGUAUGUAUGUAUACACUCGUGAACCCAGACGAAGACUAGCGGGCGGUUAGCUAACGGGGAGUAUCGCCGGCGGACCGCAGCUGAUCAGUGGGACUCUGAUCAGAAAACUUUCGC